UACCAUUUAACUGUCACGUCAAUAAAGAAAACCUCAUACACAUUUAUAUUUUCCAAAUUCAAGUAUAAUAUUUUCGGUCAUCGGGUUGGUUUUCACCACCAAAUUUUUAACAUUCUAAAACGAUACAACUGUAUAUUCAUUGGUGACAGUUACCAAUGUUAGAGAAUGCAGUUGGAAAAACGCGUGCGUUUAGGAUUAGCAUUCAAAAUGAUGCAAAAUUAACGAGGACGCGUUUUUCGUACUCCUUACACAAUCAAAAUCUAAACCAAAUGAAUUCUGCGGAGUGUGGUUUCGCAGUGAUUCACUUCAAUCCCAAUAAAGAACCUAGUAUCAAGCCGCUGAAGGAAAUCCAACCAAAAAGCCUAAUAUUAUCCUCGAGAACAGAAAUCUCCCACGACGAAACCGUCAAACUCGCCCGUGAAUCCAAAAUUGCCCAUAAUAUUUUUUUGUCAAUAUUCCCCCAAGCCAGGGAUGAAGCACCUAGAAAAUCUCUGAUUAAAACUUCCGGUUAUAAAUUAUCGACGCAGCAAGGAAAGCCUUGCCAUCACCAACUGAUCACAGAUUCGCAAGUUCGACACAAAUCAAGCACGAUCAAACCUCUCAGUUGUCGCGACAAUUCAAUUCAUGCAUCGCAGCAUAUUCGCAAAACUCAAACAACAAGUAAGAGAGCAAAUGUUUCCCCGAGAACAUCAAGCAUUACAAGAUCUUCAACAGAAAUGCGAGCUAUACCCGCAUUUGAUUCUAGCCUUCCUAUCCAAAAACCUUCAUACACCAACUUUUGUUUGAACAACAGCGCAAACCUACAAAUACCCAAUUAGUUGAAUACUAGAUAUACAACAAUUUUUAAUGAAAAUGAAGGCAAGAAGCAAAAAAUGCAAGGCAUUAACAACGCAUUACAAAACGGGAAACAACAUUGCAUUAAAACAUAAUUCAGACAUCAAUGAAUCCAGACAUAGUACUCAUAAGGCUCUAGGCGCUCUAGAUGCACAUGAGGAGAGUGAGCAUUCCAGCGACUUCAAAUCAUUAUCAAAAUCGACCAAUAAGACAAGCCAAAGCAAGCCAACAAAAUCAACGUACAGUUCGAAGAUUGCAGAGAAAGAAAUCAUACAAUAUUGGCCGACAGCAGAUAAAUCUCCUUUAAAAAGUAACACACGUGAAGAGGUACCUCUGCAUGUUAAUUCCUCAACAUCCCUGGAAACAAAUUUGAUUCAAGUAUCUUCGAUAUUGGUUACCAAUCGGGAUAGUCAUAAUGGUAAACAAAAAGAUUUAGCUGAUGUCAAAAGCAGUCGCACGUACUCAUCCGAUCUUAGCCCCAGUGCAAUCACACAGGAUUCAUUGCUCACUUCUAAUAAAGACAGUUCAUCUACUACAGGAGAGCUGGCAGUACGGGUGCGCUGUGCUAAAAUACAUAAGACUACCAAAAGCACGCAAGUAACUGAUAUAGCUCUGCAAUGCACUCUGCACAAAAAGAAUAAAGCUACAUUUUGUCAAUGUCAGAUUCUUUGUCAAACACAAUCCAUUCAAACAAUGCCACCACCGAAGAAAGAUCAUAGAUUAAAUAUAUUUACAAAUGCAUUUGAAGUAUUGUUCUCACAGAAAACUAGGACCGAAGCCUAUGAAGGUAUCGCAUCUGUACCUCUAAGUGAAGGAUCUUCAACAACAGUAUCGUCAUAUACUACCAUGGGACCUACUAGCGCUGACCGACAAAUAAAAUGCUGGGCGGAAAUCAAUAAUGAGAAUGAAAAUAAGUUUAGAUACCAGAUACAAAAGAAAGAACCAGUUAAGGUUAAAUCUGAAUCCAUCGAAACAAAUAUAUCCUAUUCGCAUUCAACUCCAGCAACGCCAGUAAGCAGCGUUAGCAGUAACACGUUUCAAAUGGCCCAAAGUGAUAUAAUGGAAGAAGAGGCUGCACUCCGGGAUUUACGAGAUAGAAUAAAUGCGAAAUUUUACAAUAAUGGUGCAUACAAUGCGCCCCAAUGGUCCCCACCUGCGUAUCCUCAACAAGCAAGGUACCAAACCCCACUACAAAUGUAUCAACAAGCUCAGCAAGGGUAUUCAUCCACAAAAUAUCUUCAUCAGUAUCCACCACAACAACAAGCUACAUAUAUCAACCAGCAAGAUAAGGGAUAUUAUACCCCCAUUCCUAAUAUGGAAGGAUCUAGGAACCUUUGGAACCAUUAUCAAAAUGACAACAUUCCAUUUGAGCACUUUCCUCAAAACGAUAUGGAAAAAACAAAAAUUUGCCAAAAGAAGUCGCUCGCAAACGUACCCAGCACUGCAUGGUAUUCCAAAACACAGACACUUUCUCAACCAAGAUCGAAGAGUAUAGAUAACUUCUGCACUCAAAAUCAGUGUGAGUAUCAGCCUAUGAUGUAUGCUAACGCGUCGCCGUAUCCAAUGGGUCAAAUGUAUCAAUAUUACAAUUAUGAACAACCGCCAUUGCAAAGAGAUUUCUAUUGAAUAAAAUAAGAGUGAAUUUUAA